AUGGAGGGCGUCAUUGCCACCAACAUGCCGCUGGGCGGUGUCAGUUACGACGCGUUCACCCUCUGGUGGAAGUUCAAGCGCCUGCUCUCGCUGCCCCCCUAUGAAUUCCCCAUCGGGACCGAGAACUCCAGCAUGUUCAUCGUCUCCAGGAUGGCCCGCUCGCCGGAGCAGGAAGGGCUGCUCGUCGGCUGCUCAGACGGAUGCCCGGGGGUCCCUGGCGUCGCUGGUUUGCGCGAACUCUCCCAUGCCGAGAACUUCUCGAGUCCCGCCGUCGUGGCGACGUCCAAGGCGAUCCUGCAUCGCUUCACCACGUGGAGCAACGCAAGCCUGGAGGAUCACCAAAAUUUCACGUUCAAACCCGACAACGUGGAGGAGAUCUUCGAGCCAGGAGCGUACUGCGACAGGGAGUUUAGCCAGCUCACGCAUGGGUGCGAGUGCUGGCAGGUCGGCACCAUCUCUGUCCGCCUCGACGAUGACACCGCGUGGCUGGUGGUGCUGGUGCUGCCCGCAGGCGCAUUCGCCCAGAAGCCCUCCGACGUCGCAUCGAACGCGACCGUUCAGGUUCAGGAGGUCGAGAGGGCCUCCGACGUAAAGGUCUCCGAGGCCCGUCGCAGUACUGUGAUCCUGGCACUGGUUGUGCUGCUGCUCAGCACGUGCCUGGGUACCUGCCUCGGCUUCCACGUCUCGAGCCGUCUGCGCGAGCUCGCCGACCUCACGCAGCGCCUUAGCAAUCUCGACUUCACGCAGCCCAGCAAGCUCAGGAGCGGCUGCGGAAUCACCGACGUGACCAACCUGCAGCAUGCGUUUUGCAGCCUCACGCGCGGCAUAGAGGCUUUUGCGCGGUUCGUGCCGGAGCCCGUGGUGCGCAUCUUGGUUCAUGGGUGGGACAUUAAGAUGGAAGAGCGUCAGGUUACGAUCCUCUGCUCCGACAUUCAGGACUUCACUAAGAUGUCGGAGCAGCUUGGCCAGGUGGAGCUGCUUUUCAUGCUCACGCGGUACCUCUCCGUGAUGCAGCGCGUCGUGCAUAUGUACAAGGGUGUGAUCGCAGAGAUCCUGGGUGACGGGCUGCUCAUAUACUGGAACACGCCCGACGACGUGGACAAUCAUGCCGAGCUUGCGUGCGCCGCCGCAGUGCUCAUGCAGGACAAGGUCAUGGACCUUCUGAACGAUGAGUUCUCCCACGUGAACCUGCCGCGCAUAAAGAUCAGGAUAGGCAUCCACACGGCGAAGGUGUCGAGCGGCAUCGUGGGCAGCGAGAUGAUGAAGAAGUUCGGCUGCCUGGGAGCGGGAGUGGACAUUGCAGAUCACCUGGAGUCGUCGUGCAAGAGGCUCCAGAAGCGGACGCUCGUGUCGGAGCGCACGCUGAAUGCCCUGCCCCCCGACAGCGGCUUCCGGUACGAGGAGGUCGGCGUCGAGCAGGUCGAGGGCGAUGACGAGCCCUUGAAGAUCUACGAGCUCAUCUCGCGGGACUGGAGCCCUGACGAGGACCAGGAGGGCGAGAUCCCCAGCGCGCCAGAGGGCGAGGAGGACUCCCCCGCGCCCCCUGAGUUCGACAUCGCCCGGACCACGUCCAGAAUGACCUGCGGUCUCAGCCCGCCAGUGCAGCAGCAGAGCCCGACCGGCUUCGUGGGUAUAAUCUCGGUGAGGAGCAGGAGGAUCGGGACCAACGGGAGUCUCGUCUCCGUCGGCCACGAGUCGUCCGCCGCGUCCGAGUACAGAGCCAUGCGGGUCUCCAGCCGGCGCACCACCCUCCAGGACGGACGAUCAGGACGCGGCGCAGGCCGUGGCGGAGUCCGGGCAGUCGCUGCAGCGGAGAACUCGGCCCUCUUCUCCGACUCCAUGCUGCAGCUCCUCCAGUCGGUGAGCAGUGUUGGGCCCCUCCAGGCAACGAACAGCAUGCUCAGCCAGGGCAGCCUGGCCACAGACCACCACGAGGGGAGCGUCUCGAAUGUCUGA